CCUACACCACAUCAAGACAGGAAACUAAACAGCGAGACAUUUGAAACAGCAAUGUAACAUUUUCUCCAAGGCAAGAUCAAGACAUCUCCGGAGCACAUAGGUGACGCGGGAAUCGGCCAUGAUGAAUCAAACAGUGUCAGUGUCAGAGUGUCAGCUCCCGCCAACCGAGUACCAGCUCUACUUGUUCCCGGCCGUCUACAUCUUCGCUCUUCUCUUCGGUCUCCCGGGCAACUUGGUGGCGCUCUACGUGUUCGCCAUCAAGUUCAGCCCCCGCACGGCUUUCAGCGUCUACAUCAGCAACCUGGCGCUGGCCGACGUAGUCAUCCUGUGCACGCUCCCAUUCCGCAUCCACUACCAUCUUCGUGGGAAUGACUGGGUGUUCGGUGACGUGGCCUGUCGUGUCACGGGGGUCCUCUUCUACGGCAAUAUCUACUUGAGCAUCUGCUUCAUGACGUGCAUCUGCCUGGACCGCUACGUGGCCACAGUGCACCCGCACGCCUACUUGAGGCUGAGGAGCACACGGUGCUCGCUCCUCGCCAGCGCCGCCCUCUGGGGUGUGGCGGUAGUGGCCGUACUGGUUUUCAUCCUCAUGGGACCCCUGGAGACCAACACUAAUGCUUCAGGAGGCCACAGCUGCUUUGAGAACUUCACCGCGCAAGAGUGGAGCUCCCGUCUGGUGGCCUACAGCCUCCUGAGCCUCAUCUUCUGCUCCCUGCUGCCAUCCGCCAUCAUCCUGGUGUGCUACCCGCUGGCUGCAAGGCGCAUCUCCAGGAUCCACACGAUGACAGCCCGCAGAGCCCUGAGGGUCAUCUACACCAUCCUGGCCAUCACACUUCUGUGCUUCCUGCCCAACCACGUGGUCUACCUGCUGCACCUGUUGCGCCGCUUGGAGGUCAUCCAGAGGUGCGCCCCCGCCAACGCCAUCUACGCUGCCAGGAGGGUCACCAUGGCCCUCGUCAUCCUCAACACUUGCCUGGACCCUCUGCUCUACUACGUCACUACCAGCCACUGUACGUGGAAGCCCCUGAGCAGGACUUGGCUGUGGGGGAGAGUACGGAGGCGUCGUGGCGUUUAUACCAUCACGAUGCGAUGAGACAGGAUUAGUUGAGCAACACUGGACUAUAAAGUAUCAAUCGAUCACAGCUUGGACUUAAUUCUUCAUUUUAACAAGACAUUGUUUGCCUCCAACUUUGUGGGAACACUUUGGGCAAGACCCUUUUCCAUUCCCAGUGCACAAAGCAAGCUCCAUAAAGGCAUGCUUGGAGGAGUUUGGUGUGGAAGAACAAGAACAGUGUCCAACACCAGAAAUGGACAAAAAUCCCCACAGCCAUGCUUCAAAAUAGUAGUCUUCCAAUGAGGAUUAGGGCCACGUUAAAAAGGAAAACAACGAAUGAAAAAUAUAUUCAUGUAAUAUUAGCAGAAUUACGUUUUCAGGGUUCCUACGGAUCUGAUAUUUCAAAAUUCCAGACUUUUUCCAGACUCAGUAAAUAGAUGUAUAUCAUUAGAGCCGCAACAAUUAAUUGAUGAAUCGGUGAUUAAUCGAUUAUCCAGUUAAUCGACAACAAUUUUGGUCUUCAAUUAAUUGUUUUCUUUGUUUGAAAAUGUAAAUACCCUCUGAUUUCCGCCUCUCACAUGUAAAUAUUUUUUAAAUUUCCUUAGUCAUCCAUGAAAACAGACCUUUUAUCUUUGUGUUUAAGGCAAAACAAGACGUUCACACACAUCAGCUUUGACUGUGGAAAAAAUUUUUUUUUGCCUCUUCUCUGAUAUGUUGCGGACCAAACCACUAACUGUUUGUUUGGUUGAUGUUGCUUUGGUCCAUCUAGGGCCUGACCAAUUACUCUAUUAACCCAAACAACAAGCUUCAGAGUUAUAGACAAAGAAAACAAUCGUUAAUUGCAGCCAUAGUAUCGUGUAAAUAAAUCAUGGAAUUAAUGAUUUGUUUUCAUUAUUCUGAAUAUGGAUGCCAUUAUGUCACCAUAUAAUUUCCAGGAGAUUAUAGCUAGGUAAUGUAGCUCAUACAAAGGUUUGGAGGAGGAUAACAGCAGAGGGCUGGCCAUUCAAUCUUCCUAAAUAUUUUCCAAGAUGUGUCGACCACUGUGUGCUCUCACACAAACAUCUUAGCUGCCCCACCAUGCGCCUUAGAAAAACAGAUCCAUCCAUUACUUUCUUUUUCAAUUUUUUAGUCAUUUCAAUUUUUUUUUCUCUCUAGAAAACAGAACAGUGAGAAUAGUCUUAUUUUUUCCAUGCUUGAGUUUCUUUUUUCUAUACUUUUCCAAACCUGAUAAUGUAUCAAAUCAAAUUCCAUACUUUCCAUACUUGCGUAGAAACGCUGGGGAUUAAAGUUGUAAUAUACGUAAUCCACAUAAAAAAAGAUUGAAGUCAUAACGGAACAAGAAACAUGUGGUAAAUUUACAAGAAAAAAGUUGUAAUUUAGCAAGAAAAAAAUUCCAAAAACAGUUUUAUGCGAUAAAAAUCAUGAAAUGAGUAAAAAAGCAUGUUUUUUGUACAAGAUUUAAGUCGUAAUGGUAAAUGAUCUUUCACUUGUAUAGCGCUUUUCCACCUUCAAGGCAAUCAAAUUGCUUUGAGACUGUUAGCACAUUUACCUACUGAUGAUGCAGCACCAGGAGCAACUGGGGGUUCAGUAUCUUGCCCAAGGAUACUUCGACAUGAUCACAGCAGGACGGACGAUCGAACCCGCCACCUUCAGGUUGGGAGAUGACCAGUCUACCACCUGAGCCAUGCCGCCUUUUUAACACGUAACAAUGUUAAAAACACAAUUUAGCGAUAAAAUAGUUUACAGGAUUCAAGCUGUUAUAUGACAAAAAAAAGAGUUUAAAAAAGAUUAAAAGUCGUCAUAUAAAUUAAAAAUUUUCAAUCUUUAUGUGAACAUGAACUCAUGUCUUUCCCUUUUUUGUGGGUUCUAAAGAAAGAGAAACAGUUUGCAUGAGGGUGCUAACAAUGCACGUAAUGGGACCCACCUAUCUGAACAUUAAAAAGCCCUCUAAAAAAAACAACAGAACAAUUCUUCGUUGGUUGCUAUGUAGUCUCUUACAGCAAUGUCCUCCAUAUACGCCAUAUACGCAAAGCCUUUCGAUUGAUGGUAACACCGUGUGCCACUCAGUUCAGCAGAAACACUUGAUUUCUGUCGACAUGGCUUGGCAGGCCACCAAGUCAUGCCGGUCCUGACUCUCUCGGCCCCCAUCUGCUCCGACGUUUCACUCUCUCUUCUUGCCCACUUAGCUUCUAAAACCUAUAGCUCAUCCUCCGUACACUCAGGCUCAAAAAGAUAAGGUUCUGGAUCAUUAUUUGUCCAAAAGUAGUUGUCGGCGGCGGCUCUCAUGAAGUCUGCCAUGAUUAGUAGUAGCCAACAGACACACGCUUUCUAUGCUGCUGUUCUUGAUGGAAGUAGUGUUAGCUGCUAUGGGCUCUGUGAAAUUAAUGCCCCCAGGAAAAAUGUUCAAGUAAUGCUUAAAAUGGCAAACAUAUGACAAUACAGUAGGUAUUACAUGUUAUCAUUAAUGUGUUUUAUAGAGGGCUUUAUAGUCGAUAAAGGUGUGUCCCAUUACGUGCAUUGUUACCUCUCACAUGCUAGCUGGUUUUCUCUCUUUAGUCCGCAAAGAAAAGGGAAAGACAUGUAAGUAAGUAAGUAAAAUGUAUUUAUAUACUGUAGCACCUUUCACAGACAAACAAAGUCACAAAGCGCUUCAUAAUCAUAUUUAAAAAAUCACAGCAUACGCACAGUUAAAUAAAACAACACAGUCACGUCAGCCCAAUCAGAAAGCUUUAACAAAUAAAAACAAUUUAAGUUAGAUUUUAAAAGCAUCAGCAGAAUCUAAUGAACGCAGAAAUAGAUGAAGAUCAUCCCAAAGCCUCGGAACAACAACCUGGAAAGAUCGGUCUCCUCUGGUCCGGAAACGAGUACGUGGAACCAUCAGUAGGUUCUGAUCCACAGACCUCAGAGCGCCAACGGGAGUGUAGGGCUGAAUCAGAUCACUUAUAUAAGAAGAGGUCUGACUAUGCAACUCUCUAAAAGUGAGAACUAGAGUUUUAAAAUGUUUCCAACAGGAAACUGGCAGCCAAUGAAGAGAGUUUAGAAUGGGGGAAUGAGGGACACGUUUUUAUGUGUCCUCCUAUUUGUACAGGUCAAAAUCCUUGCUGCAGAGUUUUGCACCAAUCGUAGGCGAGACAGCUCUUUCUUGCCAAGACAUGAGAAGAGACUAUUACAGCAGUCUAAUCGCGAAGUCCCAAAACUUUUGCACCGUGUCACGUGUGCUAGAUCCACGACACCAUCCAUUAAUGUUUAAUCUUGAAUUUAAAGUCAGGGAAAACAUCUCAAAAUGGUUCAUUUUCAUUAAAAAAAUGGUUUAUUAUCAUUAUUAAUGACUUGGUACAUCGAAUCCUUGUUCAUUGAUUGGGUACGUCACUGCUGAAUGCCAACGCGUCAAAGCGUGUCAUCGUGAAGAGUCAUGAUUUGACUUUUGCACUUUGGCACAAGAUCAGUGGCCAUUUUGCAUUGGGAGCAAGUGGGGCAGAGACCCACCUAUCCAGCAGAGAGCAAUGCGGUUAAAAAAAAAGCCCGACAAAUGGCUUCGUGAAUCAUAGUGUAUAAGUAACCUAAUAAUACUUGCGGGGCGAUUAUUUUCUUGAGUGUGACGACAUGUUCCUGCUGGCUCUCCCUGUCCUUACUAUGCUCGCUGCCACGGAGACAAGCCUGUGGGCAUGGCUGCUGCAUGUGUACGUCAUUUUGGGGCACAACUUCUGCCUAGCAACAUAUACCUGUACAUAUGUUGCUGUGCCUCACUAGCUAUAAGUGUGUGUCACAAUAAAUCACGUUGACCAUUUGUUGUCUGUGUGUAGCCUACCUAAAGCGUG